GUGGACCCCUUCACUUAUCAGAGCAUCCACCAGGAGGGCCUGUACGCCGUGGGGCCACUGGCCGGGGACAACUUUGUGAGAUUUUCCGCCGUGCGGACAAAAACGAUGACGGGAAGUUAUCCUUGGAGGAAUUCCAGCUCUUCUUUGCAGAUGGCGUCCUCAACGAGAAAGAACUAGAGGGUCUCUUCCACACCAUCGACUCCGACAAUACCAACCAUGUGGACACCAAGGAGCUGUGUGAUUACUUUGUGGACCACAUGGGGGACUACGAGGACGUCCUGGCCUCCCUGGAGACCUUGAAUCACUCCGUCCUGAAGGCCAUGGGCUACACCAAGAAGGUGUAUGAGGGUGGGAGCAACGUGGACCAGUUUGUGACACGCUUCCUCCUGAAGGAGACGGCCAACCAGAUCCAGUCCCUGCUGAGCUCGGUGGAGAGUGCGGUGGAGGCCAUCGAAGAGCAGACCAGCCAGAUCCGACAGGACCACAGCAAACCGAGCCACAGCGUGGUGGAGACCUGGUCCGGGAGCUCCACUCCCCUCUACGCCCACAACCACACGCUCACGGCCGUGGAGCAAGGGAAGAGCUUCCCGCUUGUCACCUCAGACUCCAAGGAGGAGGGCCUGGAAGCCCAGAUCAGCAGGUUGGCGGGGCUGAUAGGACGGCUGGAGAGCAAGACCCUUUGGUUUGACCUCCAGCAGCAUCUCUCGGAUGAAGAAGGCACCAAUAUGCAUCUGCAGCUGGUCCGGCAGGAGAUGGCCGUGUGCCCUGAGCAGCUGGCCGAGUUCCUGGACUCCCUGCGUCAGUACCUGAGGGGCACCGCCGGAGCCAGGAACUGCUUCCACAUCGCUGCCGUGAGGCUGGCGGACGGCGUCACCUUCGUGGUCUACGAGUUCUGGGAGACGGAGGAGAAGUGGAACAUGCACCUGCAGAGCCCUGUGUGCAAGGCGUUCCGGCACGUCAAGGUGGACACGCUGAGCCAGCCCGAGGCCCUCUCCCGGAUCUCCGUGCCAGCUGCCUGGUGCACCCUGGGCCGCGCCUGA